AUGGCGCCUUUUGACGAUGUGCAGGUCGGGGAUGUGGUGAAUGUCCCUGGUGGCAUGUAUGGGACGAUCAAAUUCUUGGGAUCAGUGGCGGGGAAGCCAGGUCGAUUUGCAGGCGUCGAAUUGAGCUCCGAGCACGCGCCGAGGGGAAAGAACAGUGGUGAUGUGGAGGGUCGAAAGUACUUCACCACCUCGAUACCCGGUUCGGGCAUCUUUGUGCCUAUGAACAACAGCAAGUAUGUCACCCGACGAUCGACCUCGAACAUCUCGAACCCAACAACCCCGGGGCGGGGAGGGCCCGUCAAUUUCAGCAAAUCAGUUGGACCGGCUCUAACAACACCUCGUCCCCGCGUUCGACGACCCUCGCUCCCUCGACCUGAAUCGCCGCGCGUGCCCCCGCCAAAGUUGAGCCUCAGUGGCUUGCGCACACCAUCCGCAGCAUCGCGGAGUGGAUUGACCAGUGCCCAACGAAGCCCAGUCAAGGCCCCUUCUCGACUUUCUGACAGACCGUCGUCCCGGAUCAGCACCGCCGAUGAUGACUCUUCAUAUGGCCGACCCUCCGAUUUCCGUCGGCCGAGCUCAUCGGGAAACCAGGAGCUCAAGGAUCAAAUUAAGAAUCUUGAAAAGCAACUGCUCGAUCGCGACAGGCAGCUAGAUGAGCAGACGGGGACAUUGAAUGAAUUCCAGAAGACAUUGGAGGAAAUGGAGGGAUCGGAGGGCGUGUCCUUGCGUACCCAGUUACGGGAACGCAACGAGCGAAUCACCCAGCUCACGGCCGAGUUCGAUGGUCACCGCGCAGACUUCCGGAGCACUCUCGAUACAUUGGAGAUCGCCGCCUCUGAGACCGAGCGCGUCUACGAGCAGCGACUCGAUGAGCUGAUGCAGCAGAACAAGGAAUUCCAAGACCGUGGCGAGGAUGUCGAGAUCGUCGCGCAGCAGCUUAAGCAACUUGAAGAGCUAGUCUCCGAAUUGGAGGAGGGGCUUGAAGACGCCCGGCGCGGAGAAGCCGAGGCAAGAGCCGAAGUCGAGUUCCUGCGUGGCGAAGUCGAGCGCACGAAACUGGAAUUGAAGAAGGAGCGUGAUUCUUCGGCCGCUGCGCUCAAAGAUGCCCAUGCCACUUCGGAUGGGCCUCGGAACAGCAGCGACCUGGAUCAGAAGGAUGAUGAAAUCCGAGGGCUUAAAGCCAUUAUUCAUUCUCUAAGUCGAGGGAACCCUGCGUCGGAGUCAGAUCACCAUGACUCUGAGGACCACUCGGAGCAGCUCGCUCAGCUGGAGCAGCGCGUCCGCGAUUUCGAAGAGACAGCGGAUCACAAAGACACCCGGAUUGAAGAGCUUGAGCGUGAAUUACAAGAAAUGCACCUCCAAUCCGGCCGAAACCGCAGCUCUACCGUCACUCUUUCACCCAAGCAACACAAGCCCACUCACUCUGCGGGCAACAUCUCCAAUCAUUCUAACAACAAUCCUCACCGUCUCUCAGAUCGCACAGUUGUUCCUCCAGACUGGCACGAUGCGCCCUCGGAGCCCCGUCACAACCGCGGCAUCUCCAACACCUCUCAAUCCCGCCUGGAAACCAUGCACGAAUACGAGCGGUCCUCUGACGACGACGCUCUGUGGUGCGAGAUUUGCGAAACAGGUGGCCACGAUAUCUUGAACUGUACUAGCAUGUUCGGUUCUGGCCAGAAUGCCGAGCACAAGCCCACAGAGGAGCCUGUCGAUGAGCACGAGGAGCCCAUUGAAAAGACAGAGCCGCUCCACCCUAGGGAUCACGAUGAACCACAAAAGACUGGAAAGGACGUGGUCAUGGAAGGGCUGAAGGGAAUCGGUGGACUUGGCUCUUCUAUGGCCCCUAUUGCGGGCAAGUCGUCCGGUGUCAUUGACGAGUCUAAGUGGUGUGCUCUCUGUGAGCGAGAUGGCCACGAAAGUAUUGAUUGCCCUCUUGAUGAGUAA